ACUCCAUAACUAUCUCUAUAUAAGGCUUAUAAAUUCCCUCUCCCAUAUAUCAAAACUCACAAGAUAGAAGAGACAUUUCAACUUGCUAGAUAUGGCUUACAAGUCUAGUUCUAAUUCCUCUUUCCUCUUUCUAUUGCUUCUCCUACAUUUUAAUUUGGGGAUAAGCCAACUACAGGUAAACUACUACUCCAAGAGCUGCCCAAAAGCAGAAGAGAUCAUCAAGCAACAAGUCAAUGAAUUGUAUAACAAGCAUGGAAACACAGCAAUUUCGUGGGUUAGAAAUCUCUUCCAUGAUUGCAUAGUCAAGUCAUGUGAUGCAUCCCUGCUUUUGGAGACGGUGCACGGCGUGGUAUCGGAGCAGACAGCGGAGAGAAGUUUUGGGAUGAGAAACUUCAAGUAUGUGAGCACCAUCAAAGCUGCUCUUGAAAAAGAAUGUCCUUUGACAGUGUCAUGCGCUGACAUUGUUGCUCUUUCUGCUAGAGACGGUAUUGCCAGGUUGGGAGGUCCAAACUUUGAAAUGAAGAGUGGACGAAAGGAUAGCAAAGAAAGCUAUGUAAAGGUGGUGGAACAAUUCAUUCCAAAUCAUAAUGACUCAAUAUCCUCAGUGCUUUCUAGUUUUCAAGCCAUUGGCAUUGACGUUGAAGCCACGGUUGCUCUUUUAGGAGCACACUCGGUUGGAAGAGUACAUUGCAUGAAUUUGGUCCACAGACUAUACCCCACAGUGGAUCCAACGUUAGAUCCUACACAUGCUGCCUACCUAAAACGUAGGUGCCCAACACCAAAUCCAGAUCCAAAAGCUGUCCAAUAUGUGAGGAAUGAUCUAAAAACACCAAUGAUAAUUGACAACAACUACUACAAAAACAUCUUGCAACAUAAGGGUCUUCUAACAGUGGAUGAAGAACUAGCUACUGAUCCAAGAACAUCACCUUAUGUGAAAAAAAUGGCAGCUGAUAAUGGAUACUUCAAUGAACAAUUCUCAAGGGCUGUUCAAUUGUUAUCAGAGAAUAAUCCUCUUAUUGGAGAUCAAGGUGAAAUUAGAAAGGAUUGCCGUUACGUUAAUGCCAAUUAGCUUUGUAAACAACAAUUAUAAAUUUGCUGGUACUUUCUUUUAAGUUAUUCACAGAUAUGUUACUUCAUCAUGACAAAACCUUCAAAAGAUUUGUGAGUGUAGUGUGAAGUUGUAACUAUCGUAUGUCUUUUUUAAUAGUAAAAGUUGAUCCGUUUGAUAAGGAUUCAAGUCA